AAGAAAAGCAUCAUUCGAGUUCGAGACGUCGUCAUCGCAAGGUCCGUGUCACACUUCUUUGUCCGCGUACGUGUGCGUGUGCGUGUGUGUUUGUCCGUGUCCGCAAGGGAGGAUUUUCUCGAAACGGGUCCAGUCCACUUCCGGGCGGAAGGAUUUUCCAGGUUUCGUUAGUGAGAAUCAACAGUGUUGACGACGAGCGGUUGCUCGCGUAGUGUGACAAGUGUUGAGCCCCUCCCCGGGAGAGCCCAUGGAAGAGGUGCGCCCGGAGUGCGCGUUCUAGAUGUGGUGAAAAGGGUGGAAGAAAAUUUCAGUUUCCAAAGUUCCAAGCGAAGUGCAGACUAGUGCGCCAAGUGCGUGAGUGGGGUAGCCAGGCAUGAGCACGGAACAUCCGGUGGUCGCAGCGGCGAUGGACCUCCUGAACGGGACGGCAACGUCCACGGCGAAGCCGAACGUGGUGGGCCGCAUGACGGACGCUCCGGCAGCGUUGGCCAUCGAUCCGCUGAUUAGCCACGUCGGAGAUGGCAUCUUUCUGCAGACCAAAACCGCCCAAGGACUGGCGGGGAUCUUCGUGUGGAUCGCGCUGUUCAUCACGUGUCAACAGAUCUACCAACACCUGCGAUGGUACACCAACCCCCAGGAGCAGCGGUGGAUCGUCCGGAUAUUGUUCAUCGUGCCCAUCUACGCCACCUACUCGUGGAUCAGCUUGCUGUUCUUCAACUCGGAAAGCGUCUACGUGUACUUCUUCACCGUGCGGGACUGCUACGAGGCGUUCGUGAUCUACAACUUCCUGUCGCUGUGCUACGAGUACCUCGGCGGCGAGGGCAACAUCAUGUCGGAGAUCCGUGGCAAGCCGAUCAAGUCGUCCUGCCUGUACGGCACGUGCUGCCUCACCGGCAAGACGUACACGAUCGGGUUUCUGCGGUUCUGCAAGCAGGCCACGCUGCAGUUCUGCCUGGUGAAGCCGCUGAUGGCGUUCAUCAUCAUCUUUUUGCAGGCGUUCGGGCACUACCACGACGGUGAUUGGAGCGCUGACGGUGGCUACAUCUACAUCACGGUGAUCUACAACAUCUCGGUGUCGCUGGCCCUGUACGGGCUGUAUCUUUUCUACUUUGCCACGCGGGACCUGCUGACGCCGUUCGACCCGGUGCUCAAGUUCUGCACCGUCAAGUCUGUGAUUUUCCUGUCCUUCUGGCAAGGUGUCGGGCUGGCCAUCCUGGAAAAGGCUGAAGUAAUCUCGCCCAUUGUGGACGCCGGCGGUUCGACCACAUCGGCCGGUACGGUGUCCGCCGGGUACCAGAACUUUUUCAUCUGCAUCGAAAUGCUGUUCGCGGCGAUUGCCCUGCGGUAUGCGUUCCCGUAUCAGGUGUACGCCCAGAGUUGCAUGACUGACGCCCACGGACGCUCUGUGACGAUGCAGUCCAUCUCGAGCAGUUUGAAGGAAACCAUGAACCCGAAGGAUAUUAUGACCGACGCGAUACACAAUUUCCAUCCGCAGUACCAGCAGUACACGCAGUACAGUUCAGGUGGCAAGAACUCGCGCGGCAUUCGCGUGUCCUCGUACGAUCCGGACGACCCCAGCAACCAGCUAACCCAGGGCAACGGCAACGGAACGAAUGGGGGCUCGCUGGCCAGCAGUCAGCAGCAGGGCGGCGGUGGACGCGGCGCCGGGUACAGUUCGGCAAAUCAGAACAGUUACAUUGCCCCGCCCACGCUCGGCAGCCAGCGGAAGUUUAUGCCAACGGGUGGUGGUGGCGGCAGCAGCGGAGGAACCUCCUCCCAAAAGGUGGCCACCAUCAGCCAGAACUAUAACGAAAAAACGAUGCUGCUGAGCAGUGACGACGAGUAUCAGUAAAUUUGUUGAAAACGGGGUGGAUUAUGUUUCCCUUUUUUUUUCUUUGAAUUGCCCCCUGUAAUGUUCAACAUAAUGAGAAUUCACCCUCAGAUUCCUCCGCGUGUAAAUGUUACAACUUUCACCGAGAGUAAAGACACUUGUGGACUAGCCUGCGGGAUGUGUUUAGGGUAGGUGAAAUAUUAACUAAUUAGUGGCGUGCUGCUUUUGCUGGUUGACGUGGCAGCAGCAUCAGCAGCGUAGUUAUUUAUAAUAUAUGGAUUAAAAAUGUCUGUUUUUGUGAUUGCAAAACUGGUAACAAUUUAUCUUUGUCGAAGUUCGAUUCACACAUGUCUCUCUGAAUUUCUGCAGCAAAUGAAAAAUAAGAUUUGAGAAUUCACACCAUAGAGAGAGAUUUUUACAAGUUUUUCAAACACAAGACACUAGAUCUAAACCAUUGCAGAUUAUGUAUAGAUUGUCAGUUGAUACUAAAAUGCUAAAAUCCAAGGUUGUUGUCGAUAACGAUGACCGAUGGCGAGAAUACUAUCGUUGUCGUCUCGGCGAUAUCUUCAUUUUAAUUUUUCUCGAUCCAUGAUUAUUGUACUGCCGCUCUAAUCGAGUCCGUCCCAUAAUUAAAAUUAGCAAGCCGAGAAAAACGCAUGUCAAAUUUGUCCCGCCUCUACGUGCUCUACGUGUUAGAGUUUCACGAAAAGGUGGAAUUUCUCCGGUUUUCUAGAACAAAGUACUAAUUUUUUUAUUAGUUUUCUGAUAGUUUACAUGUUUUCGAACCAAACUGCAUCAUUACCUCAAAAUUGACGAAAUUACAUAUGGGACGGACUAACUUCGAGCGGCAGUGUAGCGAAGGUAUAACUUUAUAAACGAUAAUUUACCAUAGUCCAUUCAAAUAACUUAACAUUACAACGCCCAAGGCUCCAAAAAAGUUGGAACGGUAACUUCAACUUGCUGGUUCUCGGGCCUAACUCAACCAAUCAAGAUGAUUCUUCUUUCCAGUGAUUUGUUAGGAUGUCUAGAUGAUUCUAGAA